GUAGUUGUGUGUGUGUGUUGUGUUACAGUGUGUAGUCCUGUAGUUGUGUGUGUGUGUUGUGUUACAGUGUGUAGUACUGCUGUUGUGUGUGUGUUUUGUUACAGUGUGUAGUCCUGUAGUUGUGUGUGUGUGUGUGUGUUGUGUUACAGUGUGUAGUCCUGUAGUUGUGUGUUGUGUUACAGUGUGUAGUACUGCUGUUGUGUGUGUGUGUGUGUUGUGUUACAGUGUGUAGUACUGCUGUUGUUUGUGUGUGUGUGUUGUGUUACAGUGUGUAAUCCUCCUGAUCUCCUCCCAGCAGCUCUAUAAACCUCAGCUCCUGUUCUCUCCUUCAGUCCUUCAACAUGUUUCCCCUGCAGCUCCUCACACUGACAGCCGUCUCCACGGCAACACUCGCACCGCCGCAGGAAGAGCAGGAGAAGAAGAAGAAGAACCAGGAAGUGGAGAAGAAGAACCAGGAAGUGAAGAAGAGCGGGUACGACGUGAUGUUCAGGAGAGGAGAUCUACUGGAAGUCCCUCGAACUCUCUUCACCCACUUUGGGAUCUACCUGGGAGGAGACAGAGUUGCUCACUUCAUCCCUGACAUUUUGCCCGUCGUCUCCAGUGACCAGUUCAGGAUCAAGCAGGUGGUCACCAACACCAGACUCAUACUGGGAGUACUGGCCAAGUGUGGCAGCAUCAGGGUGGACUCGGUGGAGGACUUUGCCUACGGAUCAGAGAUUCUGGUGAACCCAAUGGACAGGAUGUGCAGCCGUGCAGCGCUGCAGGAGGAAGAUGUGGCCUGCCGAGCUGAGAAGCUGCUGGGAAACGUGGAGUACAGCCUGCUGUGGUACAACUGUGAGCACUACGUCAUGUACUGCAGAUACGGAACCGUCAUGAGCUUCCAGACCUUCCAGUUCUGUAAGACAGUGAGGAAGCUGCUGCUGAGUCGUCGUGUUGCCAAGGCGACGGCGUUGCUGUUGUUGUGUUUGCUGCUGUACGUUGGAGCUGCGAGUGUUGGUUUGGUGCUGCUGACUGCUCUGCUGCCGUUCAUCAUCUGGAUGGCUGCAUGAAGCAAACCGCCCAUCAUCACCAGGAAGGAAAAGCUGAAACAAGUCAUUUAGUCAGAGGAAAACAGCAGCGUCUCACUCUGUAAACACCCAAUAAAUCACUUUAAAUAAAAAGCUUUUCAGCACA